AUGUCAGCACCAGGACCAGGACAGGAGGCACUCCCAGACUCGACACAGGCAGCCGUCUUUGUGACAUCGACAGAGAUGCCCAAGGACUCGAUUGUGAUCAAGGGCCCUGACUUCAACCAAACCGUCAGCCUUGACUCUCUUCUCUCCACCUUUAUCACCUCGGGAUUCCAGGCCUCGGCCAUUGGAAAGGCGAUCGAGAUUAUCAACGAAAUGCGCCAGUGGCGUCUCUCUGAUGAUCCCCUUCCUGUCUCGACAGAGAGCCCUGUCGACCCAGAGCUGCUCGACCCAGAAUACCGUCGCUCGGUCAAGUGCAAGAUCUUUUUGGGCUACACCUCCAACCUUGUCUCGUCCGGAGUCCGAGAGAUCAUCCGGUUCUUGGUCCAACACAAACUCGUCGACUGCUUGGUCUCGUCUGCAGGAGGCAUCGAGGAGGACUUUAUCAAGUGUCUGGCACCAACCUACUUGGGCGAGUUUUCGUUGGAGGGCGCAAAGCUGAGACGACAGGGUUUGAACAGGAUCGGAAACUUGCUGGUGCCGAACGACAACUACUGCAAGUUUGAGGACUGGGUUGUUCCCAUUCUCGACAAGUUGUUGGCGGAGCAGAACGGAGAGGAGAAGGCCCACUGGACACCCAGCAGUGUUAUCAGGAGGUUGGGCAAGGAGAUUGCUCAUGAGGAGUCGAUCUACUACUGGGCUUACAAGAAUGAUAUCCCAGUGUUCUGCCCAGCAUUGACGGACGGCUCUUUGGGCGAUAUGAUUUACUUUCACUCGUACAAGAGCCCUGGCCUGAUCAUUGACAUUGUGUCGGACAUCCGGAACAUGAACAACCAGGCUGUCUUUGCCAAGAAGACCGGAGUCAUCAUUCUCGGAGGCGGUGUCGUCAAGCACCAUAUCUGCAAUGCCAACCUUAUGCGCAAUGGGGCAGAUUACGCGGUAUUCAUCAACACGGGACAGGAGUUUGAUGGAAGUGAUGCAGGAGCCAGACCGGAUGAGGCUGUGUCGUGGGGCAAGAUCCGCCUGGAUGCCAAGUCUGUCAAGGUCUACGCGGAUGCUACUAUUGCUUUCCCUUUGAUCGUCUCGCAGACCUUUGCCAAGGACUUCAAGAAGACCGAGCCCGAGUCUUCAUAG